AUGGCAGACAAAGGUAGUUGGUGGAAAUCAGUAACAAGAAAAAAAGCCAAGGAUGCUUCAUCACACAUAGAAGUGAACACAGAGCAGCAGCAGGUGCAACCGCAAUCAGUCCCAAGCAAGGCACCAACAUCAGACUGUCAAGAGAACCAGCACCCCAACAUGAUAACAGACAUAGAAUUUAAUGAUCCAAAAAUAGAGAGCACAUUUAAUGGGACUACUUCCAGAAGGAAUUUGAAAAUCUCUCGAUCUGGACGUUUCAAAGAAAAAAGGAAGGUACGAGUGCCAUUACCUGAAAGCACAAAUUUCUAUGAAGACAAGAAUGCUACAUUAAAUGACGAGUUGCACUGA